AUGCCAUGGAAGCCUGGUCUCCAUCGCCUGGCCGCAAAAGUUGCAGACUACAGAAUUCCGGUCCGUGCGAAGCAGAUAGGAAAGGAGGCCCUUCCGUUCCUAGUUCGUUGCCUGCCGCUGGCGCUGUUGCUCUGCUUUUGGGCGUCGCGCCACGUCUCGCGUGAGUCUGCUGUGCAUGGGCGGGCCCUGCAAGUGCGCCAUGCGAAGCCCGCUUCACAGUGUUCCUUCGUCUCGGAGGAGGUACCUAAUGGCUUCGAAUGGCAGGCAACGAGUGAGUCUUUCGAGUUCUUCCGAUGCCUGCAUGAUGUGAAAGCGCUGGAUAUCUUCCUGAGCGCCGCGUUUUUCAAGGAGUCAGCCGUUCCAGUUGCCGUCCCAGUUAAAGGUGCUGGGGAAGGGUUGCCGAGAGUUUGGCUGAAUCCAGAUGUUCACGUCCAUCACCUCAUCUACAAAAUCUCCGGCCAAGUGCGGUAUGUCGUGGUGGAGGGAACCGAACUCUCCGCCGAGCAGUUUCCUAACUCCCGUAGCUGCGGUAAGUGGAUUCAUCGAUGGUGCUCCGUUCGCGAGGUCAGCGAGAAGAUGUUGUGUGCCAUGCAAGACCAGACAGAUCGAGAGGGAUGUCAGGCAGACGUGAGCGCACUGCUCUUGGAGCUGCAGGAAGAGCAGUUCAAAGUCGACCAGGAGAUGCAGCAGGGAAAUGUGGAACCCGCGUAUUGCAACAUGGCAUUGUUGGCUCCCAAGCUUCGAGAUGACGAGUGGCUUAGAGGAUAUCCUGAUGCACAGUGUGCUCUAGCAAGAUGCGGCCAGCCGCCAGACAGCAAGAUUGAUUACGACAUUCUCCAUGCAUGCUGGCUACGUGGCGACGUGAAGAGUAUGAUAUCGCUACUGACCCUGAUUUUGCUAUGCCUUUUCACCUUGGUUGGGGUUGUUGCAGACAGCUACUUGGUGCCGGCUCUGGUGCAGAUCGGCCGUGAUCUCGAGAUGUCGGAUGCGAUGCUGGGGGCCACGCUCCUGGCCCUCGGCGGAUCGAUCACCGAUUUUAUGGCCGGGCUGGUCUCGGCCUUAGCAGGGCAGCACUCCGCAGACGACGUCAGCUUGUGGCUGGGUGGUAUCGUUGGCGCAGGGCUCUUCGCCUGCACUGGCGUCAUGGCCAUCAUCAUGGUGGUGGCUGGACGUAGUGGUGUUCCGGUCGACGCAACGGUGUUUACCAGAGAUGUUGCAUUUAGAAGCCUCGCGAAUGCACUGUUGCUCGUCGCGGCCUUCCUGCAGGUGGUGUCCAUCAUGUACGCCGCCAUCAUGAUUGCCGGCUAUGCCUGGUAUGUCGUUCUCACGGUCGGCGGGGGAAAGUCGGCACCUCAGAGCAGCGAAACCAAUGCCAGCGCUGCAGGCACACCCGAACCGGCGGAGCCCCGUGGUUCUCGAACUUCGCAGCUCUCUUUGCCGCGGGGAAGCCGGCUUUCCGUAUCCUUUCAGGCGCUGGCCGGCCUCGGAGUGCCCAGUCCCGAAGUUUCACAGGCAGAAGAAGAGCUCUGCUCUGAGAGGGUGAAGCGGCAUCUGGGUUGGCCAGAGGAUGGCGUUAUGGAGAAGAUCAACUUUGCCGUGGCACUUCCCUUCCGCCCUCUUUUUGCGAUUACCAUGGCUAGGACAACCUGGGAUGCUGCCUUGAAUCCGCUGCUGCCUCUGGGGAUGUGCAUCUUCAUCCCUUAUGGGAAUCCUUUCGGCAACGUCUACAACUCCGCAGGGACUGGGCCAAGGAUUACCAUUGCCGUCUUCUGGAUCAUGGGCUUCCUGCUCGCCGUCAAUGUCUGCCGUCUGUCACGAGUGCUACCCGGAAAGUACAUCGCAUCGACGGCUUUCCACUGGGGCACAUUUCUGACGGCGCUCCUUUGGGUAGGAAUGAUCGCCAACGAGGUCAUUUCGCUCCUGUCUGUAUUAGGAAAAGUUCUUGGCCUUUCUCCGACGACUAUGGGCAUCACAUUGCUGGCCCUAGGGAACACCGUGGAUAAUGUCUUUGCUUCAUACGGCCUGGCCAGCUCGGGAGCGUUUACCGUUGCUUUGACGGGCACCUAUGCCGCAGAUACGUUUACCAUGCUCUGCGUCGUGGGAUCUAUUCUCCUGAUGAUGGCGCUCCAAAGCAACGAGGAGGUUCCGUUCUUGCUCUCCCCGUGCGUGAUCUUCCUUCUUAUCAGCUUGCAGGUCUUCCUCGCGGUCACGUGGAUCUGGGUUAAGCUGAGCGGCUGGAAGAUCCACAGCGCUCUCGGAUGGACCUUGGCGAUCUCCUAUCCCACGGCUCUGGCACUGGGCUUUCUGACAGAGCGGCAUAUGGCCCCUUAA